AUGCGAAGAUUUUUUAUCUAUGGUUGUGUCGUAAGCUUGGCUUUGUGCACAAUAUCGGCACAUAAUGAUUUAAUGAAUAAAGAAAAAGAUGUACAGAAAAUAAUAGAAGAUUUGCGUUUUUUAGAAAAAGUUGAUGCAAUUUUAGAAAAUAGUAACAUGACAAUUGAUGAUGUUGAACCAGAUGGAGAUGCAUAUAAUCCAGAUGAGGAUGCACCAAAAGAAGAAUUAAACAAAAUAGAAAUGGAAAAGAAAAAAGCUGAAGAAGAAGAAAAACAUUCUAAAAAAAAAAUAUUAGAAAAAGAUUUAUUAAAUGAAAAAAAAAAUAAAUCUUUAAGAUUAAUUGUUAGUGAAAAUCAUGCAACUACUCCAUCAUUUUUUGAGGAAUCAAUUAUUCAAGAAGAUUUUAUGUCAUUUAUUCAAAGUAAAGGAGAAAUUGUAAAUUUAAAAAAUAUAAAAUCCAUGAUAAUAGAAUUAAAUUCAGAUAUGACAGAUAAAGAAUUAGAAACCUAUAUAACAUUAUUAAAAAAAAAAGGAGCUCAUGUAGAAUCUGAUGAAUUAGUAGGAGCUGAUUCUAUAUAUGUAGACAUAAUAAAAGAUGCAGUAAAAAGAGGAGAUACAUCUAUAAAUUUUAAAAAGAUACAAUCAAAUAUGUUAGAAGUAGAAAAUAACACAUAUGAAAAAAUAAAUAAUAAAUUAGAAAAAUCUAAAAAUUCAGAUAAAAAAUCAUAUUUUAACGAUGAAUAUAGAAAUUUGCAAUGGGGUUUAGAUCUAGCCCGUUUAGAUGAUGCUCAAGAAAUGAUAACAACUAAUUCAGUCGAAACAACAAAAGUAUGUGUAAUAGAUAGUGGUAUAGAUUAUAAUCAUCCAGAUUUAAAAGGCAAUAUAUAUGUAAAUUUAAAAGAGUUAAAUGGAAAACCAGGUGUAGAUGAUGAUAAUAAUGGAAUCAUUGAUGAUAUAUAUGGUGCGAAUUAUGUAAACAAUACUGGAGAUCCAUGGGAUGAUCAUAAUCAUGGAACUCAUGUUGCAGGAAUAAUUUCAGCAAUUGGAAAUAAUUCUAUUGGUGUUGUUGGAGUAAAUACUAAUUCUAAGCUAGUUAUUUGUAAAGCUUUAGAUGAUAAAAAAUUAGGUAGAUUAGGUAAUAUAUUUAAAUGUAUUGAUUAUUGUAUUAAUAAUAAGGCUAAUAUUAUUAAUGGAAGUUUUUCUUUUGAUGAAUAUAGUACUGUAUUUAGUUCAACUAUAGAAUAUUUAGGAAGAUUAGGAAUUUUAUUUGUUGUUUCGUCAAGUAACUGUUCACAUCCUACAUCUUCUAUUCCAGAUAUAACUAGAUGUGAUUUAUCUGUUAAUUCUAAAUACCCAUCAGUACUUUCAACACAAUAUGACAAUGUGGUUGUUGUUGCAAACUUAAAAAAGAAAAAAAAUGGCGAGUAUGAUGUUUCAAUAAACUCUUUUUAUAGUGAUAUUUAUUGUCAAGUUUCAGCACCAGGUGCAAAUAUUUAUUCUACUGCUACUCGGGGUUCAUAUCUUGAAUUAAGUGGAACAUCUAUGGCUGCUCCUCAUGUUGCUGGAAUUGCUUCGAUUAUUUUAUCAAUAAAUCCAGAGUUAACAUAUAAACAAGUUGUAAGUAUUUUAAAAAAUUCAGUUGUAAAAUUAUCUUCCCAUAAAAAUAAAAUUGCAUGGGGUGGUUAUAUAGAUAUAUUGAAGGCCGUAAAAAAUGCCAUAUCUUCAAAGAACUCGUACAUAAGAUUUCAAGGUAUUAGCAUAUGGAAAAACAAAAAAAGGAACUAG